AUCAGGGCAAUGAGUGUUGUAGGAAAUGACAGAGCCGGGGGAGAGUGCAUAGAAGCUGACUAUACACGGCCUGCACAGUCCGGGGUAGACAACCCCUUGUGUAACCAAUGUCUGUAAACACUCUCAAGCUGGUGGUGACGGGAGAUGACUUUGGUUACUGUCCUCGCAGAGAUGUUGGCAUCUUGGAGUGUUUCCGUGCUGGAGCUAUCUCUAAUGUAUCUUUGCUGGUCAAUGGAAACUCAGCAGCUAGUGCAGCUAGCUUAGCAAACAGCUAUAAUAUGCCAAUUGGUCUGCAUGCCAAUCUCUCAGAAGGAAUCCCAGUAUGUGGAGAACUUCAGCACAAUUCCACCCUUGUCAGUGCUCAGGGGGUCUUCCGUGGUAAGAUGGGCAUCCGAAAAGCAUUAGCACAAGGUCUUCUCAACAUGACAGAGGUUCGCCAGGAGCUGUGUGCUCAAGUCAGACUGUUCCGGGAGUUGACAGGACAGAAUCCACAGCAUAUGGAUGGACAUCAACAUGUUCAUGUGUUACCAAGAAUCCGAGAGGAGUUUGCACAAGUGCUGCAUGAACAUGGGAUCCCCUAUACCCGUGUUCCUGUGGAAAUAGGUUUACAUCGGUGUGGCUGGAUUCAGGGAGAACUAAUGGAGUUUUACAGAGGUGUGGAGAAUGAUGCCUUAAACACAGUGGACGUUUUCAAGAAUCAUGGCAUCCGGUGGCCAGACCUAUAUAUUGGUCUUAGCACAAUGGGAAAGAAUAUGACCAUAAGUAACAUUCAGCAAGCCUUGGACUAUAGUGUUGAGUCUCUUCAGAGCUGCCAAGCCCCACACAGUCCGCCCUCCCACUCCCGCACCAGUAUCAGUAUUGAACUAAUGACUCAUCCUGGCUACCCCAGCGUCCCCCCGGAAGGAGGCUGUGGAGAAGGUCCGGAUGACUUCUCUCAAUCAUGGGAGCGUCUGCACGAAAUGGAAAUCUUGAAAAAUCCCCUACUGCACAGUUACUUCAGCGAGAAGGGGGUACACUUGUGCUCUUUUAAGGACCUUUAGUCUUUGGGAGAGAGACAAUGGGUCGGUGAUGUCAUGUGACUUCCUACACUUUACAGUGAACGGUGCUAUAAAAGAACAGCCAGAGUGAA